GUGAAUACAACACCAACGAGGAUGACAGCACAGAGCAGCGGCGUAAAGUGGUGAAAAUCCUUCCCCACCCCACGUACAACGCCACGAUCAACAAGCACCACAACGACAUCGCCCUCCUGGAGCUGGACCAGCCGCUCCGCUUCAACAGCUACGUCACCCCCAUCUGCAUCGGCAGCAGCACGCUUUUCCGCGGCCGGCCGGCCACCAUCCUCCAGGUCCUCAAGGUGCCCUUCGUCGACCGGCCAACCUGCCUCAAGAGCACCUCCACCACCAUCCUGCAGAACAUGUUCUGCGCGGGCUUCGCGGCCGGGGGCGGCGACACCUGCGGGGGGGACAGCGGAGGACCCUACACCACCGAGAUCGAGGGCACCUGGUUUCUCACGGGGAUCACCAGCUGGGGCGAGGAAUGUGCCAAGCCAGGUAAAUACGGCAUCUACACCAGGGUCUCCAAGUACCUGAAGUGGAUAAAGGAAAUCACGAGGCUUACCUAA